CCUACUCCAUUUCUCAUCUCAUAAUGUUUUAUCUUCUCCGUAUUUGCUUGCCAUUUAUUUGCUCACCUCCCCUGCUUUGCGUUUUCCUUGCACCUUUUCUACUUCUUCUAAACAUCCAUUUCUUUUCCAUUCCAAAACAAGCAAUGGCUGAUGCAAUUCUUUCUGCUCUCGCGACUACAAUCAUGGGGAACUUGGAUUCCUCAUUUCUUCAAGAGCUUGGACUUGCUGGGAGCCUAGAGACUGAGCUUGAAAAUCUCAACCGCACGAUCAGAACUAUUCGAGCUGUGCUUCAAGAUGCUGAGGAGAAGCAGUGGACGGGUGAGGCUAUAAAGGCGUGGCUCCGAGACCUCAAGGAUGCAGCUUAUGAUGCUGAUGAUUUGCUAAGUGACUUUGCAAAUGAAGCUCGGCGGCAUCAGCAGCGAAGAGAUCUCAAAAAUCGAGUACGAUCCUUCUUUUCUAUCAAUUAUAAUCCACUUGUUUUUCGACGAAGAAUGGUGCAUAAAUUGAAGAGUGUUAGAGAAAAAUUAGAUGCCAUUGCCAUGGAGAGACAAAAGUUCCACCUAAGAGAGGGGGCCGUGGAGAUAGAAGCUAGUAGUUUUGCUUGGCGUCAGACUGGGUCACUUGUGAAUGAAUCAGGAAUUUAUGGAAGGAGAAAGGAGAAAGAAGAUCUGAUCAACAUGCUGCUCACCAGUUCAGAUGAUUUCUCUGUUUAUGCUAUAUGUGGAAUGGGGGGGCUGGGUAAAACAACACUUGCUCAAUCAGUCUACAACGACCGAAGAAUAGAAGAGCAUUUUGAUUUGCGGGUUUGGGUGUGUGUAUCUGUUGAUUUCAGCAUUCAAAAAUUGACUAGUGCCAUCAUUGAGUCCAUUGAACGCGCUAGUCCAAAUAUUCAACAGUUGGAUACUCUUCUACGACGCCUCCAAGAAAAGUUAGGUGGUAAGAAGUUUUUGCUCAUAUUGGACGAUGUUUGGGAAGAUGACCAUGGUAACUGGAGCAAAUUGAAAGACGCAUUGAGUUGUGGAGCUAAAGGAAGUACAGUUAUUGUGACUACUCGUUUGGGAACUGCUGCUGAUAAAAUGGCCACAACUCCUGUUCAACAUUUGGCAACAUUGUCAGCAGAGGAUUCCUUGCUUUUAUUUGAGCAGCUUGCAUUUGGGAUGAGAAGUGCAGAAGAGCGUGGUCGCUUGAAAGAGAUCGGAGUAGCGAUAGUUAACAAGUGUGGCGGGGUUCCCUUGGCGAUAAGAGCUCUUGGAAGCCUGAUGCGCUCGAAGAAAACUGUACGUGAGUGGUUGAAUGUCAAAGAGAGUGAGAUUUGGGAUCUGCCGAAUGAAGGAAGCUGGAUUUUACCUGCCUUGAGUUUGAGUUACAUGAAUCUAAAGCCAUCUGUGAAGCAGUGCUUUGCAUUUUGCUCUAUAUUCCCUAAAGAUUAUGUCAUGCUGAAGGAGCGGUUGGUAGCCCUAUGGAUGGCAAAUGGCUUCAUUUCUUGCAAUGGGAAAAUAGAUUUGCAUGACAGGGGUGAAGAGAUUUUCCACGAAUUAGUCGGGAGGUGUUUUUUUCAAGAAGUCAAGGAUGAUGGGCUGGGCAAUAUAACAUGUAAAAUGCACGAUCUUCUCCAUGAUCUUGCACAGUACAUUAUGAAUGGAGAAUGUUAUUUGAUCGAGGACGAUACAAAGUUGUCAAUUCCUAAAACAGUUCGUCAUGUGGGCGCUUCCGAGAGAUCACUACUGUUUGCUCCAGAAUACAAGGAUUUCAAACAUACAUCUCUGCGCUCAAUUAUUCUUCCUAAAAGAGUUCGUCAUGAGAGUGAUAAUUUAGAUCUUUGUUUCACUCAACAGAAGCAUCUAAGAGCCUUGGUUAUAAAUAUUAACGAUCAAAAUACAUUACCAGAGUCAAUUUGUAAUUUAAAACUUCUAAGGUUUCUAGAUGUCUCCCUUUCCUCCAUCCAAAUAUUGCCUGAAUCAAUCACCUCCCUCCAAAACCUUCAGACACUAAAUCUAAAAGGUUGCAAUAAACUCAUCCAAUUACCAGAAGAUAUGAGGCGCAUGCAAAGUCUCGUCUAUGUUGACAUAACAGAUUGUUUUUCACUUCGAUUUAUGCCUCUUGGAAUGGGAGAGUUGACUUGCCUGCAAAAACUUGGCAUAUUUGUUGUGGGUAAGGAGGAUGGUCGUGGCAUAGAGGAGCUGGGAAGGCUGAAUAAUCUUGCUGGUGAAUUGAGCAUCACAGAUCUUGAUAAUGUUAAGAAUUCAACAGAUGCCAGAAGUGCGAAUUUGAAUUUGAAGACAGCUCUUCUAUCACUGAAUUUAUCAUGGAAUUUGAAUGAAAGUUACAAUUCACCUUCGGGGCAAUCAAUACCAAAUAAUGUGCAUUCGGAGGUCCUUGAUAGGCUUCUACCUCAUUCAAAUCUGAAGAAGUUGAGUAUAGAAGGAUAUGGAGGCUCAAGAUUUCCAAAUUGGAUGAUGAACUUGAUGCUACCAAAUCUAGUGGAGAUAGAGUUAAAAGGUUGUUACAACUGUGAACAACUUCCACCAUUUGGGAAACUACAGUUCCUCAAGAAUCUUCAAUUAUAUAGAAUGGACGGUGUGAAGUGUAUUGACAGCCAUGUGUAUGGAGAUGCGCAAAAUCCAUUCCCAUCUUUGGGGACACUGGCUAUUUAUUCAAUGAAGAGAUUAGAGCAAUGGGAUGCGUGUAGUUUCCCUCGCCUUCGAGAAUUGGAGAUCUCUUCGUGCCCUCUGUUGGACGAAAUAUCAAUUAUACCUUCCGUCAAAACAUUAAUCAUCAGGGGAGGCAGCGCUUCAUUGACGUCGUUUAGGAAUUUCACUUCUAUCACCUCCCUUUCUACUCUUAAAAGCUUGAGAAUUGAGGAUUGUCACGAACUUGAAAGCUUACCAGAGGAAGGUCUUCAGAACCUCACUUCUUUAGAGAUUUUAGAGAUAUGGAGAUGUAGAAGAUUAAAUUCUCUGCCAAUGAAUGGGCUGUGUGGCUUAUCUUCUCUUCGUCACUUAGCGAUUAAUUUUUGCGAUCAAUUUGAUUCUCUAUCUGAGGGAGUGCGACAUCUGACGGCACUUGAGGAUUUGGAGCUUGGAAAUUGUCCAGAGCUGAAUUCAUUGCCUGAGAGUAUCCGACAUCUCACUUCUCUCCGAACUCUAAGGAUAUGGCAAUGCAAGGGAUUAACUUCUUUGCCAAAUCAGAUUGGAUAUCUCACGUCCCUUUCAAGCUUGGAGAUUUGGGGUUGCCCAAAUUUGGUUUCUUUUCCAGAUGGAGUACAGAGUCUCAGCAACCUCAGCAAGUUGACAAUUGAUGAUUGUCCAAAUUUGGAGAAGAGGUGCGCGAAAAAGAGAGGAGAGGAUUGGCCUAAGAUAGCUCACAUCCCUUCCAUUCAAAUCAACGACGAAGAAAUCCAAUGAUACAUGGAUUGUUCAAAGGAUAACGACUUCAUUUGGCACUUCGGAUUCAAAAUGUAACAUGGAUACUUCCUACUUCUGCAGUGAAUUCGUCCCUUUAGGGACCUUCUGGUGUGUUGCUGACAAUAAGUCAUCUUCUCCAUCAGCUGCCUCAGAGCUCCAGUCAGAUACAAUGUUGGAGAACAUCUUAUAUCUUUCCACUAGAGAUGGCCAUUGUAGCUUGAAGUCACUCUCUCGGUUAUUGCUGUUGAUUGGAUUAGUCAUGUGUGAAGCUAACUCCUGCUGAUGAGAAAUAAAGGAGGCUAUGAAGUCAUCAAGAAAGCAAUUGAAAAGCCUGGUCGGAGGUAUAUCGAACACAUUGCAGCCAAUGUAGAAGGGAAUGGGCAGAGACUUGCUGACCGACACGAAACAUCUGACAUUAAUACUUUCAAAUGGGGUGUUGCUAAUCGUGGGGCUUCCAUUCGUGUUUAACAAUGAACAAUAUGCGUUGUAAGAGCUUGUAGGUCCAAACAAUUUAUCUAGCUGAUUCUAUCCUAUAUGUUGAAGAUAAGUAUUGAAGUUAUUAUAUAUA